GGUAACUCGUAUACUUGCCUAUAAUUAUGGCUAACUUAACAAAAUAGAUUACACCGGUGCAAACCCUAUUUUUCUGAAACAUGUUUGGGUUGUUUCUUUAUCUCUAAAAUUAGUUUGGCCAAUUUAAGAACCAAACAAGCCAGUACAAUCCCUCGGCCACACAACGUGAACACCCGAACCGGCCGUUUCCCCCUUCCCAAUUUGGAAACGGGAGGAUUUGCUCCCCGCGGGAAAGGAGAGGACGCCUCCGACGAGCCGCAGCCUCUCUGGGCAGAGGAGGAGGAGCUCGUCCACACCCCCGAGCAAGCCUCUCCUCGCCCCGCCGGGGACAACGAUGGUAAGGUGGUCGCCGCCGCCACCGCGGGACGUCGAGCUUUUCCCCUUCCCCUCUUUGGGCGCCCACGACCCCGUCUCACUGUCCCUAUUCGUGGCGUGCGUCGCGGCCACCGUGGCGAUCGCCUCGACCAUGUGCUCGGCGUGCGGCCGCAAGCCCAAGGCGGUCAGCCAGGAGCCCGCCGCGGACGCCCAGGCCUCCGACGCCUCCGGGAGCCAGGGCGGCGCGGAAGGGGAGGAGGAGGUGGUGACGCUGCCGCCGGAGCUGGCCACGCACGGGCCGAUCGAGCCGCCGCCGCUGCCCAAAACGGCGUCGCGGCGGAAGCUGUCCGUCUCCAUGUCCAUGGGCGUGGGCAAAAGCAUGUCCAUGAACGUGGGCAAGAGCCUCGCCAACAUCCCGGACAAGAUGAAGCUGAGCAAGCUGGAGCCGCGCCACAAGGAAAAGGACGACCCCGAGGACACGCUGUGGAAGAAGUCCAUCAUCCUGGGCGGGAAGUGCAAGAUCCCCGGGGAGAGGGACGCCGAGGCCUCCGACCCCGACGCGGCCGCCGACGCCGCGGACGAGAUGACCGCCGGCGCCUUCCGCCGGUCCAGCUACUCCCGGCCCGUGUCCCGGUCCAACUCCUUCUCCGUCCACCAGCCCCUGCCCGAGCCUCCCCCAAUGCAAUCCUACACUAAAUCAUGAGCAAGGAAGCUACAUAACAGUACAUACAAACAUACGUCGUGCGUAGGAGGAAGAAGCUGUCUGCUAUGCUAGUGGUGAUGAAGGGCUGCAUCCGUCGUGUGGUGUGGUGUCGUGGCGUACGUGCAUUUGAUCUUCUUGUUUUUGGCGGAUUUCGAGAUGAAUGCAUUGAAUGCAUGGGUGAUCGGUUGAUCUUUCGAACCAACUGAGGGGGGUGCGGUUUGUGUUGGUGAUAAUUACAUGUUCUAUA